AUGGACUUGCUUCCCUGGGUGGAUGUCUUCGUUUCCUCCCUUUGCCUCCUCUGCCUGCUCGCCACGCAGAUCAGGAACAAGUUGCCGCGUGAUGGACCCGCCGUGCAGGUGAAUUGCGAGGCCGUGGGCUAUCUCCUGGAUGCAGCAGUGGCGAACGGCGCAGACCUGGCACAGACAAGCGCACGCGCGAGCGCAUGGAACCCAGUGCACAUGCGAUCAGGGUGGGCGUGGCUGGAUGUGAAGUACUUGUUGCAAGAACAGUUUGCAGCACAGUCGUCUGAAGUCUUUGCCGUCUUCGUGUUGGGGCGAAGAUCCCUGGUCUCCCUUUUCGAGACUUGGCGGCUCCGGGAGCUUGAAGGCUUCGCGUUCACAGCAGAGGCUUUGGAGGUCCAGAUUCUGAUCAAUGGCCUUGGCUCGAUGGCGAAGGCAUGGAAUCAGGAGGGCGAACGUCGGCUGCGUGGUCAAAGCCAGGUGGAUUACACCAUCAUCCGGCCUGGCUACAUGGGAAAGGUGGAUGCCACCCUAGACGACGAGGUUUCGCUGGCUCUGGCGGAUGAUGGGGGUGAUCUGAAAGUGUCGGCCAUUCCGCACCGCUGUGUGGCUGAGCUCUGCGUGCGAUGCCUCGCCUACCCCAACGCGGCGCGUGCCACACUGGUGGCGAUGACGCAGCCCGGGGACGGUCCAAGGACCUGGGAGCCCUUGCUUGAGAAGGUUGCACCGGACCGUCGAGAAUUCCCAGGCCCGGAGCUCCUGGGUGAGCAUUACGCGGCGGUGCGCACUGCUUUGGCGUCUGGUUUAGUACUCGGUGUCAGCGCAGCUGCCCUUGUCGCAAGAUCGCUGCAGUGA